AUGCUGAGCAAAGAAGCUUUUGACAAAUCUAUCUAUCUAUCUAUCUAUCUAUCUAUCUAUCUAUCUAUCUAUCUAUCUAAUGUUAACUGUACAAUUCGAAACAGUGGUCAACAAUUUGUUAUUUUUAUAAUUCCCUACCACCACAUUUCAUCCGUUUGUAAUUUCCUUUAUUGUUUCCUUUCCAUUUCUUCUUCUUUUUCUUUCCAUUUUUCGCAUCGUCGAGGUUUUUCACUUUCUCUUUCAUCAUCUUUCUGUUCUUCCUCUUCGUCACUUUUCUCUCUCUUCCUUUAUCAUUUCCGUUUUCUGUCCAUUUUUUUUUUUAAUUCUUUCUAUUUUCUUUCCUUCUUUCUCUUCGGAUAUUGCCUUUUCUCAUUUUAUUCUUUCAUUUCUUUUUUUUUAAGUUCAUUCCUCUUUUCAUCCCCUACUUUUUCCUCGUGUUUCAUUUCUCCUUUCUUUUCUUCCAACAUUCAUUUCAUCGUUUCCUUGUUUUUUUUCUCUCUCUCUUUUAUAUUUUCUCUCUUUUCAUACAUAUGA